CUAACAGGCUAACAUGCUAGCUGGGCGCUAGCAGCUCGUCAGUUAAUUAGUCGAGACGCACCGGCUCCAUCACGUCCCGGUGCCGUUAGACCGAACCGAGCCUCCUGAGAUCCCGCACAGAACCCACACACACCGCAGCAACCCGCAGCAGCAGCAGCAGCGACCACACGACUGAAGAUGAUUAAACUGUUUUCACUGAAGCAGCAGAAGAAAGACGAGGAAUCUGCUGGAGGAAACCGAACAGGAGCCGGGGGGAAAAAAGCCAGCGCGGCCCAGCUCCGAAUACAGAAAGACAUCAAUGAGUUGAACCUGCCAAAGACGUGUGAGAUCAACUUCCCUGAUGACGAUGACCUCCUCAACUUCAGACUCAUCAUCUCACCAGACGAGGGUUUUUACAAAGGAGGAAAGUUCGUCUUCAGCUUUAAGGUAGGACAGGGUUAUCCUCAUGACCCCCCCAAGGUAAAGUGUGAGACGAUGGUGUAUCACCCCAACAUCGACCUGGAAGGAAACGUCUGCCUCAAUAUCUUAAGAGAGGACUGGAAGCCUGUGUUGACAAUAAACUCCAUCAUCUACGGUCUACAGUAUCUAUUUCUAGAGCCGAACCCUGAGGACCCGUUGAACAAAGAUGCGGCCGAGGUUCUGCAGACGAACCGGCGGCUCUUCGAGCAGAAUGUCCAACGCUCUCUGAGGGGCGGCUACGUGGGCGCCACCUACUUUGAGAGGUGUCUUAAAUAACUCGGCGUCCAACCAUCCUCCAGACUCCCCCCACCCCCACUCCUCCCCCUCCUCCGUCCUGCUCGUCAGCAGAAGCUGCUGAGACAGGAAGCAGCUCAUCAGAAGACGCUUUUCUGUUUUAAAACAAGACGACAGACCCGCCCCCACACGCACCCCCACCUGCUCACAUUUAUCCCCCACCCCCCAUAUCUCUCUCUGUUUAUUUCCGAGAUGCAGAAUUCAACCGUUUACACGCCACAGGGGGGCGCUGAUAAAACACACACCUAACUGGACUCAAAAGAUGGCAGAUAGAGGGCAGCGGCCCAUGAUGAUGAUGAUGAUGAUGAUGAUGAUGGAGGAGGGUUGAGAGGUGGGGGGGGUGAAUGUUGCUCAGGUGAAUCAAUUAUUCGGUGAACGCCGCAAUGCCUGACCAUGCUACCCACAUGAAUUUUAUUUUUUUUAAUUUUAUGAGCGUGGUGGAGACACCUGAGUUUAUCAGGUGGUCAGAAGGACACGCCCACCUCCUUUUUGCAGCCACUUGUUUGUUACUCACACUUCAGUCGGCAGCAAACUCCAAACUGAUCGUGUUGUCAUCAGAGACAACGUCCCUGAAGUCGUUAUGGCAACGUGACAGCGAUGACAAGAUAUCUGGAAGUCACCAUUUUAUUCUACGUAGUAACUCAAAGUCGACAGUUUGCUGCU